CGGCCCCGCCCCCGGCGCGCGCUGCGCAGGCGCGGCGGGAGGGCCGGCGAUGAGCGUCCUGCUGCCCAAUAUGGCGGACUUCGACACGAUCUACGAGCUGGAGGAGGAGGACGAGGAGGAGGAGCAGGAUGAGCCCGAGCCCGUGGUGCGGAGCCAGGAGCUGCCCCGGCCCCGCGACGCGCCCGAUCCCGUAGCGGUACGGGGCGCCGGGCACAUCACCGUGUUUGGCUUGAGCAACAAGUUUGAUACAGAAUUUCCUUCUGUUCUGACAGGGAAGGUGGCCCCUGAGGAAUUCAAGACCAGCAUCAGCCGAGUGAACGCCUGCCUGAGGAAGAACCUCCCUGUCAAUGUGAAGUGGCUGCUCUGUGGCUGCCUCUGCUGCUGCUGCACUCUGGGCUGCAGCCUGUGGCCUGUGGUCUGUCUUAACAAAAGAACUAGAAGAUCAAUUCAGAAGUUAUUAGAAUGGGAAAAUAACAGACUAUAUCAUAAGCUUGGUUUGCACUGGAAGCUGAGUAAAAGGAAAUGUGAAACUAGCAAUAUGAUGGAAUAUGUAAUAUUAAUAGAGUUCUUACCAAAAUACCCCAUAUUUCGACCUGACUGAGGAACAGCAUUGGUCUUUCAUGUUACCUGUCAUUUUCUACCCUUAGUGCCUUGUAGAUGAUUUUGGAAAGAAGAUGGUCUACUUUGCUGUGACUUAAAAAUGUUCUUCAGUAGAAAUCUUCCUUGCUGUUACUUUCUUUUGUUAAGAAGAGAACAAUUUGCACAUUUUUUUAUGUUAAACGAGGCUUCUAUGUUGCACUCUGAAUUUUUAACAUUACCAAUAACUGAUAGAGUUGCCACUAGGGAUCUUAAAACAUCAGUGCUGCUUAAACUUGUUCUGAGCAUGCGGCCUUAUUAAUUUCUCUCUUUGCUGUCCUCCAGUGUGCAUCCUAAAGCUGUGUCAUCAUAUAUUCCAUCCUAAGUGUUGCAAUCCUAGAAACCCUCAGUAGGACUGUCCAGGUAAACUCCAGUAGUAAUCAUUUUAGUAGAACCUGCUUGCAUAGGACUUGCAAUCAACAGCACUGGUUUUGUCCUGCACUUUGCAAAAUCAUCAUUUACAUUUAGGGGGUUCUUUAGUUUACCCGCUAUGGAUUUGUAAAUAUUGACUCUUUGCAUAAUGUAAAGUGUGGUAUGCCAAGGUUUACAGAAUGUAUUAUAGCUCUUAUUCUAUUGCCAACAGUCCCCAGCAUCUGUUCCAUGUGCUCAUUCCCCUGGGAUUGUACAGCCCCACCCACACUGGUUUUAUGGGAAAGCCAUAAGGAGUUUGUACAUAUGUCAGAUGUGUAGGGCUCAGUUGCACUUUGUUUAGGAAAUGGAUGAAAAAUGCAUAGCAUUUCUGUCUUUAUUUUGAAAAGUAUUUCAGGUGGUGUUUGCAGCGCCUGAAAUACGAAGCUGAAAUCUUCACCUCCGCAAAAGCUGCGUGUGCGGGGGUAGAUGGCAGCUGCUAUUAACAAAAUACCCUAAAGUCUCUUUUGAAGUGAGGAAUAUAUAUGGAUGUUAAGUUCUGUUUUGUUUUGAAGUCAGGAGAAAGUAGCCUCAAAUUGGAGAUCUUCGUUACAGAAGAGAAAAAUUAGGAACAGCCAAAUCCAAGCUGAAGCAGCACUUUUGUUACUGCUGUGCUGUGGUCGCACUUCAGCAUUUUCACAGUUAAGUGACAUGAAGUCCCUUCCAGUGGAAAGAGGUUUUAUCUCAGUCAAAGUGGAGUUUCCAAACAUGUUGAGGGGAGGAAGUGCAGCAGUUGAAAGGGCUCCUGAAUAUGUUUUGGCAGUCAGGCACUGUCUGGAGAGCCAGGAAAGCCUUGUGGAAUUCAGUAUUAUUUUGGAUUCUUCCCUGUUUGCCUGAUCUCAGGAAGGGAAGUCAUUGUAGAAGAACUUCCUCUAAUGGCUGAUCUAAGCAAGAGCACUUGAUAAAAGAAAGCAAAUGGAAAUUGUUGCAAGUUCCUUGCCUUUCCUAACUAGAAAUAACAAGCCCAGCAGAUAACUGAGCAUCUGCAAGUUGUGGUGGAUUUCAUUAUCAGUGUCCAGGCAUUUCUUUGCAGCAUCUUGACUCCCUGCAACAUCAUCCCAAGUUGCUUUUUAGUUUCAGGGUGACUUGGGGUUUCCUCUGAAUGUAUUUGCAUCUCUCCAGUUUGCAAUAUGCUAUUAAAAUACAGUAUUUGUAAGACCAUUGCAUCCUAAUACCUGUAGUAGGUCAGAUUCCUUGUACACAGUGUUUACAGAAGGCCAGUUUUAUGCAAGUUGUUACUGAAAGGGAAGUUUGUGCUGUUUCCUGUCCCAGAGUGAUGGUUCAGAGUUUGAAAUCUGCAUAUUUCAUGCAGAAAUUUUGUUUGACUGGUAGAUUGGUGACAACUAAAUGUGUAAUUGCAUUUGUAACAUGAAUAAAAACCUCCUGUGUUGUUUGAAAUUAUCAUUAGCUACACCUUGCAACUCAGAUUUCCAUUGCAGAACCAAGCAAAGUGUUGUCUCCAAUUUAUUUCUUUCUUUUUUGGGGAUGAGUGUUAACUGGAAGCAGAAAAAAUAAUGGCAGAAAAGGCAGAGUAAAGCGAAACUGAACUGGCACACUCGGUUCUUUCUUUGGGUUUCACUGAGAAAUGAGUUUCUGGAAUAAUUAACAGAACAAUGCAAGUUUCUUACUGUUCUGCCAGAACUUUGUUGUGCAAAAUACUCAAGAAAUCUCAGCAGGUUCUGAUUUUCUUCUUCAUGCAACUCAUUUUUCUCCCUGUACUGGUGCAAAUGGGAGAACAGGCACUUCCCAUGGAACCACAGAAUGGGCUGGGGGGAAGGGACCCCAAAGCUCCUCUCAUUCCACCCCCUCCUUCCACUAGCCCACGUUGCUCAGAGCUCCAUCCAAACUGGCCUUGAACACUUAAGCAUAUAAUAUUAAUCUGUAAAGUUUACAUUUGAAGUACAUAAAUCCUAUACAUUUUAAUUUGUCCUUAAUUAUUACUUGUGCAGUCUUCAAACCAUGAAUGGGUCUUGUCUUUGUGUUUUAAUUGACAUUUAAUUAUGUGGCCAUAAUAUAAAGAACCAGAGCCAAACCUGUCAUUUACAGUAAGCUCCAUGUUUUAAUAAGUAGAUAAAUUUGCAUUAAAAUGCAAAACCAGCAGCAGUAUUAUAUUUGCAUGUGAAAGACACAGGAUUCGUAGCUCACUGGAAGGUGAAGGCAGCUGGCAGUACUGCUGUGAACUCUACACAGCUUCUUUUUGCUUGGCCUGUCCUUUAAUACAAAAACAGCACAGGUAAUUCUGUCUCUCAAGACUAGAAAUCUCAUUUUUGACAGUAAAUGAUCAACAUGAGUUGGUGAAGUGUUCAUGGAGGAUAUCUGUCAGAAUUUGUAGCAAUGUAACAGAUUAAUGUCAGCAGAGUGAGUGGAAGUGGUAAAGAAAGUGCCUUGGCUGGUUCCACCACCAUUGUGCAGAGAAGGAGAAAAGGGAACUAACUGGUCCCUCUCAGGAGUGGGAGUUUGCAGCAGAUUUUGAAAAGCAGCUACUGUCUACCAAAUCAGUGUUUAUUUCUUCAUGUCAACAUGUUGACACUAAUUUUGUUUCUAGAUUUUAUCCAGGAAAUCUUUGGGUUUGUAUCUAGAAAGUUUUGUAUCUGGAGAGUACUGAAGGAGUGUAGAACUCUGGCAGAACAUCAAAGCCCCUCCUUAGUGAUUCCCCAGCUGCUCCUGCAAAGGUGUUUUCCCAGAGGUGGAACACAGAAAUGUUCAAACAUGCACACCCAAGUCUAGGGAGUGUGGGUUCAGUCGUAAAUGGGUGACUUUUAAACAGAGAAAAAAAAUUAUUAAAUCUGGUGUGGUUUUGAUAAAUACAAAAAAAAAAAAGUUCAUAUGCUCUUCUUCAUAGGUACAAAACUCCAAAUGCAAAACCAUAAAUUGAUGUUUAUUAUUGUCCCACUGACAGUUUACUACCUUUUCUUGUCAACACACUACCAUUGGAGCAAUAAAAAUGUCAAGCUAUUAACAUUCACCAUCAAUUAUUUAUCACUUUAGUAAGCAAUGUUAUGUGAUUCUUCUGCCAUUCUUUUGUUUUCUGCUUUUGGUGUUCUUACAGUGUUGUAACAUACUUGUAUUGCUUCUGAAAAGUGGUUUUGUUUAAGCUGUAUGAAACUGUGUUCUUAACACUUUCAUUCUGUUUACAAGUGAACAGCCACUUUUUUAACAGGACCUCACGUCUGGAGAGUUUUCUCUCUAUUUUUUAUUUUAAAUGAAAAUAAAAUUCUAACUGAGCUUGCUUUCUAUAAUUUACUGCACUGGCUUGUGCCAUUGAAAGAAGCUGGAAGUCAGACAUGCUUCAUCACUUUGAAACAUUUUUCUUUAAUUAAAUUCAAAGAUGAAAACCUUGAGUAGUGCAAUGUGUUUAUGGAAAAAAAAAAAAAAAAAAAGAAAUUUUCUGUGUCUUUCCCUGUAGAGGUGUUUUAGUGGGAUGGCAGCAGGGGUGGGGUGUGUCCAAAUGAGACACACGCCUGGCACAGCCAGGCCAGGGCCUCAGCUGGUUCAAACAACAAGGCUUGGAAAGCAUAGGAGGAGGGAUUUCCAAAGAUGAGAACUGCAGAAUGAUCAUCAAUCUGAUUUUCCUGGUGAUCCACCUUCCUGCCAGGACAGUGGUGGAGUCCCCAUCCCUGGAAGCGUUGGAAAACACGUGGAUGUGGCCCUGGAGGACGUGGUUUAGUGGUGACCACAGUGGUGCUGCUGGUUGAUGGUUGCACUUGGUGAUCUCCUAAGUCUUUUCCAGCCUUAACAAUUCCAUUUUUUUCGGUGGGCUCACAGACCCUCCCUGGUAAGGGCACAGGAAUCUCUCCUGCAGCAUUCCUCUCCAAAAGCAGAGGUUUUCUCACACCUCCCAGGGAGCCAGCCUGAGCAGGGACAGUGUGUGAGGGUGAGCAAAUCCUGGCUCCCAGAGGGGUUUGUGCCCAGCACAACGCAGCCCUUUGUGUGUGUGACCAGCCUGGCUUUGGAGCUGUGAAAGCAGGACUUAAAACUAAAGCCUUUGGCUCAUCCCUGAGGGAAAAGCACGCAUUCCUGAAAGGGGCACGUGCAAUGUUUUUGUUGGAAGUUGUUCUGGGCAAACCCGGGGCUGCUGGAGCAUGGAGCUGAUCCUGGAUGUUGGCUGAGAAACGCAGGGAAUGUUUCUGGGAUGUUCAGCCAAAAGGAGGAUGAGGAGCUGAGUCAGGAGUUAAUCCCCUGGGGGCUUUAGGAGAUGUAAUUGCCCAGACUCAGUAGCAAAGGCCUGUGUUAAGGAUAUUUGGGAUUUGGCCCCGACUCUGUUGGAAGGCAGUCUCAGACCUGUUGGUAGAGCAGCUCGCUGUGGUGUCUGUGCCAGUGUAUUUAUAAUGCUGUGUCUGUCAUCACUUGAACUGUUCUAGCUGAGUUUAUUUUUUCUAGUGAAACUUGGAGAGACUUCAACCCUUCAUUUCUUAGCCCAAAUUAAAUGUUAGCCUCCUCUCAAAAGCAAAGUUCUGUUUCUGUUCAUCCUGCUUGCAUUUAUUUGAAUUAAUUUUCCUUGAAUAAGAGUGACCAGGAACAAUAUUCCAGUUAGUGGCUCAUGGCCAAGGCACCAGGUUUUUAUUUCAGUGUUGAUAGUUCCCUCUCUUGUGUGAAAAGAAUGUGAUCCAUUAAAUUUAGAGGGUCACAUUUGUCUCCUUAGUGGCUGUGUUGUAUUUCUGAUCCAUAGCUGUUCUGUGAUAAAUCUGGGGCUAUUUCUCUUCAGCCACUUGUAGUUUAUACAAGUUCCCUGCAGACACUCUUCAGUCCAGACUCAGCAUCUGACACUUUGUACUCUUAAUCUUUGAGGUGAAUAUCUCAGUAUUUCCAUUACUGUGUCCUCCCAGUCCUCCAAUUCUCCUUGUAUUUGUGCUCCCAGUCUUCCUGUAAAAAGUGUUUGUCACAGGCUGAUUCAGUCUGCAAAAAUUAACACAAAGGAGUUUACUAAAAAGAUUAGUUCCCAGAUAGAUGCCUGAAUUUUACUCAUGAUUUUCUAAAUGCCCUUUUACUUACUUAGUCCCUGACCUGCUUUAAAUAUUUCUGUUAUUUCUACAUCGGACUGAAUCAGUAAUUUCCUUGUUGUGGUUUAUCUGGGAGAUCGAAUCUACCUGGACUUGGUUGAUUUACAUCUGGUUAUUUUAUAAACAUGCUAACAGCAGAUUUGGGUCUGGGCUAACCUGCUGAAUUCCACAUUUUCCCUAAUCACUGAAUGUGUUUAGGUAAUGAUCCUUUCAAUACAUUCACAUUUUAUUUCACGUUCUUUAUGUAAACCUCAUGAUCUACAGGAGCCUUUCUUGAGCAGUAAAUUAAAAUUUCUGCAGGAAAUAGGUUUGUAUAUUUGUAUUCAGUGAUAAAUAUAACCUGAGAUUUUGGCUAGAAAAGAAACACUUCUUCACAACAGUACUGGUCCCAUGGGAUAGGUAAUAAAAUUGGAAAGAGGAAUUACAGUAGCUCUCAGACUAAUAAGAAUUUAAAAUUAAAAGGCAAAUAUUAAUCAAAA